CUGCCAUAUGCCCUGUCCAGGACGUCAACAACACGCGGGCCCGGCCUGCUGGGAUGGGUCAGCGGCCCUGCCCGUGGCCCCGGCCCCCAGCAGUCCGAACCGGACCGGACUUUGUGAAUCAGUGAGCUGUCGCCGUGGCCGCGGUGGGAAGUGGUGUCGCGGCACGGCGGCGGGGUCCCUGUGCUGCUGAGCUGGGGUGGCUGCGCCCGCGCUCGCCGCUCCGCUAACGUGCGUCUUAGCCUCAGCCUCGGCUUGUCAGCUCCGCAGGUCCCCCAAGGCCGCCGAUGUUAUUGUUGUUGGUGGUGGUCCCGCCGCCGAGGAGGAGUGUCGUGUCGGAGAGAAUCACUGUGCUCGGCGCUCGGUUAGCUCCUCGGUGAGAGCGCCUAGGAGGUAGGCAAGGCGGGCCCCUUGAGCGCACCGCCGCGACCGGGUGGCCUACCCUGGCAUUGACAGGGGCGCCGCUCCGCACACUCCACGCCCGCGCAGGACACGAGGCCCCGCCUUCAGAACUUCGACUGCAGGACAGCCCGCUGUGCACGCCUGCUCCACGAUGAACACUGCCGCCAAGGUGGCGUGCGUGCUGGCUGCCCUGGCCGCCGCUGCGCCCGUGGGAGCCCGCCGGCCCGUCAGCGCCACGACGAGGUGCGGCGCCGCGCGGGUGGCCAUCUCCGUGUCGCCGCUGAUCCGCUCCAAGGAGAUGCGGGUUCUGGAGCUGUCGUGGAGCUUCGAGGGGGCGCGGCCCGGUGACCAGGUGGCGCUGUACGACUACGAUCCAGUCUCGAGACGCCAGUGGGACAACAGCCGGCACCGCAACGAGCCCGUGACCGACGCUGGGGCCGCUCCCGCCGCACCCCUCAGCCCGAGCCAGCCUUUCGCCGCGCCGCCCGCCGCCCCGUAUGACCCUUACGGCGGCCAGGGUGGCCAGGGGGCGCCUUCCUACCCGAGCCCGUACCCUUACAACGCGGGGGCGGUCGGCGGGGGCGGCGGUUCCCUGUUCCCGCCCGGCUACCCGCGCGACGCGUUCAGCGGCAGGGCGAGGCGGCAGGCUCAGGACGAGCCCCUCGGCGACGACCCCGGAGCCGGCCCGCCCCUAGCCGUCGUGCCCACGGACGGGCUGCGGGCUGGCUGGAGGGGCACCAGCGUGCAGGAGCGCCACGUCCCCUCCGGACAGCUGGGCUACACGUCGCGCUGCCUCAACUACUGGGCCGUGUACGAGCGCCCGCUCCCCGACAAGCAGAACCAGACCGAGGUCCUGGCCGUGGCCUGCCUGCGCACCAGGCCCACGUGGAUGUCGGACUUCCGCACCGAGAUUGGGCGGCUGCGGCUCGUCGACCUCUUCAUCCCGGGCACCCACGACUCGGCCUCCAUCCAAGAGGACGGCCGCAACAACUUCAUCGACAGGUACACCGUCACCCAGGACGAGAGCAUCCUCGGCCAGCUCAUCUACGGCGUGCGCUACAUCGACCUGCGCGUCGGCUUCUACUCCACCAAGGACGUGCAGUGGUGGGCCAACCACGGGCCCGUGCGUAUGACGCCGCUGCACGCGGUUCUGUCGGACAUCAAGGCAUUCCUCGGCAACACCAACGAGAUCGUCAUCCUCGACAUACAAAAUUUCCCCGCUGGUUUUGGAAAGGACAACAAGAUCCACCUGCGGCUGGUGCACCUGCUGGAGACGGAGCUGGGUGACGUGAUGGCGUACCGCGACCAAGGCCCGGGCUGGGUGUCGAGGCUCGAAGACUUCUGGACCUCCGGGCGGCGGCUCAUCGUGGCCUACGACAAGGAGGACGUCCUGCCCGUGUCGACCAAGCUGUGGCCGGCCGUGCGCCAGUUCUGGGGCGACGCGCAGACCCCCGACCAGCUCAACCGCUACGCCUCGGCCAUCAUGUCGCAGCAGUACCUGCGCGGCUUCGCCUGGGCGCUCAUGGCCGAGCUCACGCCCAACGCGAGGCUCAUCGCCACCAACCCGACCGGCUCGCUGCGCCGCCUCGCGCACACCAUCAACCGCAACGUGACGGCGUGGGCCGAGGGCCCCUGGGGCGAGGUCAUGAACACCCUCGCCGUCGACUUUGUCCGGUCGACGGGCGUGGUGGAGGCCGCCCUCUGGCACAACCUGCGCCGCGGAGGGGUCGACGUCUGCAACGCAUACAGGCUACUCGACUCGGUGUAACAGCACUCGCCUCGCCUCGCCGCGGGGCAGGGAGAUGUGUAAAGAGGCUGUUAAGUGAAAAAAACACCCACAAAAACAAACAACAAAAAACUAAGUAUUUGGUGCUUUUGCAUUAAGGGCUGUCAACAUUUUCUGUGAUAUAAAUUUAAGUGUGAAAGAAGGGACUACCGUGUAAGUUAUUAUGUAAUGACAAAUUUAAUAUUAAAAUGUAAAUUUUCCAAUUUGC